AUGUGUGCUGUCCACCUGCUCCCAGGACAGCACGCCUGCCCCUUCACCAGCCAGAUUGACGAUACCAGUCCGGACGAGGACCUCGAAAACGAGGUCAGGGCACUUCUUGCCCGGGUCAAUGUGGAGGAGCUUUGCCGAGCGGCGACCGCUCGCCGCGGCGGAAUACCAUGCCGGUUUGCCGCUGACAACUUCGGUUUCCGCAAGGUCACCAUCAAGGGCAUCUACAUGGAUGCCUGGAUCUACUUCUACGACAGCGUCACCUGGGUUGUUCGUAUUCCUCGCAUCACAGCCUUGAGCCACCUCCCAAGGGACCUGAUCGAGUCCUUUGUCCAGAACGAGUACGCGACUCUCGGAUGGCUCAGGCGCGCCAACAUCCCUGCCCUCAGAGCCUACGGAUAUGGCGUUGCCAGUGACCCAUCCAACCUCGUGGGCGUCAGCUAUCUAUUCACGGAGGACAUACCAGGCUACCCCUUCAACGCGUUCUAUGCGACUCACGAGCAAAAGUCCAGAGUCUACAGCCAGUAUGCAAGGAUCCUCGAGAGGAUUCGCAGGCGGGGACCCCGCGAUUAUGCUUGCUCUCUGGCCGACACAGAGGCAGGGGAGGUCGAAGACGCCAUCGCCAGCGACAGGUUCACCCACCUCGGAAGACACGGGCCCUACGGCACGCCUCUAGACUACUUUGCGUCCACAGCGGAGCGGUAUCUCGAGCUCAUCGCCGACGGCCAACUAUACCCCGAGUAUCCCAAGGAAGCCUUUGUCUUCUACAGACUGCUCCGAGACGAAGCUGCCCCGGAAUUGGCAAGGCGAUCCGGAGACGAAAGCAAGUUCUUCCUGAAGCACAUGGAUGACAAUGGAGACCACAUCCGCGUCGAUCUCCAGUACAACAUCAAGGCGAUCGUCAACUGGCAGCUGGCUAGAUUCGUCCCGGCGGAGGAGGCCUUUGGCCCCAGUCUCUUCACCGCAAGCAUCGGAAGACUGUACGGCGGCACACCUGGGAUGACCCACGACGACCAUCUCAUGAUGAGGAUGCAGCGGGAGGCUGGCAACCAGACUGCACUCCAGUCCAUGUCGGCAGAUGACCUUGCCCGUCGCUUCCAGCUCGGGCUCGCCUCUGGGCUGUCCAAGGCGGAAGUCUUUGGGUUGAUCAGAGCUGUGCUGAUACUACUCCCAAGCGAAACUGCCCCAACUCGCUCCUAG